ACAUAUCAUAGACAAUAUGGAGACACCACACACUGAGCAUCUAAGCGCUGACGACUGGGAACAUGUUUACGAGCCGGCAGAGGAUUCAUUUUUGUUGCUAGAUGCGCUAGAAGCGGAUCUUGAUUUUAUUGAAAAGCUGCAGCCAUGUCUAUGCUUAGAGAUUGGAUCGGGCAGUGGUGUUUUGAUAACUGCGCUAGCCAAGCGACUUUCGCACAACACUCUCUGCCUCGCCACAGACAUCAAUCCACGUGCCUGCAUUGCCACCAAGCGCACAGCGUUGCACAAUGGAGCUCGGGUGGAUAGUAUGCGCAACAACUUGGCAAGUGCUAUACGGAAACGUUGCAUCGACUUACUGCUUUUCAAUCCGCCGUAUGUUGUGACUAGCGAUGAGGAACUGGAGAGUCAACGGCUCACAGGCGAAACGCCCUCAACGGAACGCAAUUUAGUUUAUUCUUGGGCUGGUGGCACGGAUGGUAGGCGUGUAACUGAUAUUUUAAUUGGAGCAUAUUGCGAUGACAUUCUUUCGCCCAGUGGUGUGCUGUAUUUGUUGCUGCUGCGUGAAAAUAAACCAGAUGAAAUUAUCAAGCAAUUACAAAAAUUAAAUUUUAAGGCUGUCAAGCAUAUGGAACGGCGCAUUCCUGGCGAACAUCUGUAUAUACUAAAGGUAACUAGAACCUCGUUUUGAGUUUACCGCCUAAUAAAAAAUAGUCAAAAAAUCUUAAACAUAGACUCUAUAUA